AUGCUACGGACGCCUGAGCGCCCGCGGCAGCAAUUUCAUGCAGCACGCAGUUCGAGCAACCACAACCUUGUCUUUGUUUGCACCACAGCCCGUCAAUCAAAGCCGCCGCCGCCGCACAUUCGACGACGACGUACCAUGACACUCGCGAGUACAGGGGUCCGUAGCCGCAAAAAGUCUUCCGACUGGCGUUGCAGAGGCUCAAGUCCGACUCAACAACAUGUCUUUUUCAAACUUUGCCCUCUCACCCUUGCAGCUUGCAGCAAAACCAAAUCCCACUGCCGCCUCGUUUUGCUGCUUCCAGCCCAUCGUCAUUAUUGUCGAGGCCCCGGCCACGCCCUCGUGGCCUGCAGCUCCACUUGGAGGGCAGCUGAUGUUCUCUCACGCCCUGGUCCUGGCGCCCCCCUCUUCGUCUACAGCCGAAUGUCCGGGCGACCCAGAGGCGUGGCGUGUUAUUGUGGUGCAUAUCCUCUCACAGCCGCCCAGCCCUUAACCUCACCAUGCCAUUCUCGUCUCGUCAAGUGCCACUCCACCGUCUGUACCCCUUCCAUCUUGACCGGCUGCUGCGACAAGCGGAAGCGGUCCAAGUCAACGACACCGCUGUCCGAGCAUGUCAAGGGCCCACUGGCCGGUGUGAACCACUGCUCGGUGCGGGUUGCACACACGCCUUUAGACCCAAACGGGCGACACUUGCAGGAACCGACAUCGUUGCAAACUAUUCAUGACGCUUGUGUUCCCCUCUUCGCCUUUCCCGCACUUGGUGCUGCAAGGCACGUGCAAGUCGCGCGCGCAAUAUGGUCCAGUCGCGCCAACAGCCAUGCCUUUGAUGUGAAUUGA